UGGUCUGGCCGGUCGAUCCGACCUGUUGUGUAAAGCUAACUUCCCCGAGCGGCGCCGCGAGCAGUGAUUCGGGAGGUCGGAUGAGAGCAGCGCGCGCCUCACCUGCCCUCCUCUCCUCCUCACAACCAAACCGGCCCCCAUCUCCGGCAGGGGGCUUCGUCCAUUCUCCAUUCAUCCAGACUCCACGCAUUUAACGACGCCGGUCUCACUUUCAGAACUGUGAUGGACUAGCAGAAGAAAAAAAAAAUCCCUUUGAGGAAACAGCUGUCACGAUCCUGUAAUAAAGGUGCUUAAUCCCUGCUGGAGAAGUGUGCCAUCUCAGGUAAGUCAGGAUUCAUCAGCAGCCAUCAUGCACAACCCAGCACCGGAAAUCGUGGCGGCAUACCCAGGUGGAAUCGUGGUGGAUAAAGAUGCCAACCCAGAGACGACCUUGGGGAGCGCCUACUCUCCCGUGGACUACAUGAGCAUCACCAGCUUCCCCCGGCUCCCAGAGGACGACGUGACGUCUGCCGAAAACACCUUGAAAUCUCGCAAAGAUGAUGACAAUGUCCUGAGUGAGCAAGACACAGAUCCAGAUUUGUUUCUGAGGUCGGCGCGGCUCCAGCGUCUCCCCUCCUCUGCUUCAGACUUAGCAAGCCAUGACAUGGCGUCCCUGCAGGAGACCACCAGAGACCCUUUUAAUGAGGACUGUGCUUGUCAGCGAGACAGACUGACCGUCAUCAUCACAGCCUGCCUCACCUUCGCCACGGGGGUCACCAUAGCCCUCAUCAUGCAGAUCUACGUCGGAGAUCCUCAGAUCUUUAACCAAGGAGCAGUGGUGACGGAUGUAGCUCAGUGUACAUCCCUCGGCUUUGACGUCUUGGGUAAGCAGGGCUCCAGUGUGGACGCGGCUAUUUCCUCUGCACUGUGUCUGGGAAUCAUUCACCCUCACACCUCUGGCAUCGGAGGUGGUGGAGUCAUGUUGGUACAUGACAUCCGUAAGAGUGAGACGAGAGUCAUUGAUUUCAGGGAGACAGCGCCGUCACUUCUCCAUGAGGACAUGCUGCUGACAAACCUUCAGAUCAAUCCUGGCCUUCUGGUGGGAGUACCGGGCAUGCUCAGUGGGCUGCAUCAGGCGCACCAGCUCUAUGGCAGGAUGCAGUGGAAAGAUGUGGUUACAUUGGCAGCAGAUGUGGCCAGAAAUGGAUUCAACGUCACCCAUGAUUUAGCUGAAGCUCUGGCUAAAGUGAAGGACCAAAACAUGACCGAUGCUUUUCGAGAUUUGUUCCUCCCAAACGGCCAGGCUCCACUUCCGGGAUUAUUCACCAGACGCCUCGAUUUAGCAGCUAUUUUGGAUGCUGUCGCAGAUAACGGGAUAUCGCAGUUCUACAGUGGGAGUCUGGCACAGGAAAUGGCAUCAGCAGCACAAGGGAAAGGCGGCGUGCUCACAGAGGAUGACUUUGGGAAUUACAGCACAGUCCUACAGAAGCCAGCAGAGACCAUCUAUCAGGGAAAUCUUGUGAUGACAGCCCCGGCCCCACAUGCCGGAGUCGCCCUGAUCACUGCGCUCAACAUCCUCGAGGGCUUCAACAUCACCAGCCAGGCGCCCAGGAACAACACCUUUCACUUGAUCGCGGAGGCUGUGAAGAUAGCACUGGCCAUGGCCAGUGAGCUGGGAGACCCCCUGUACGACUCUUCUGUCUCAGAGAUUGUUUCUAAAAUGCUGAGUAAACCACAGGCCUCCCUGCUGCGCCAGAUGAUCAACGACACCCAGGCGUUUCCUGCCAGCCACUACACCACGCCGUUCACCCUGGAGGACGAUGCAGCAGCUGCACAGGUCACAGUCAUGGGCCCAGAUGACCACAUUGUGUCCGUCAUGAGCUCAUUGAACAAACCGUUUGGGAGUGGGAUCGUGACUCCUUCAGGAAUCCUUUUGAAUAGCCAGAUCCUCGCCUUUUCCUGGCCUAACAAAACACUGAACUCGUCACCCAAUCCUCAUAACAGCCUCCAGGCUGGAAAAAGGCCCAUGUCUUUCCUGAUGCCCACAGCAGUGAGGCCGGCUGUGGGUUUAUGUGGCACUUAUGUAGCUGUUGGAUCCUCAAAUGGAGAAAAAGCACUCAGUGGCAUAGCACAGGUGCUGAUGAGCGUUUUGUCCUCUCGUAAAAACAUGAGUGAAAGUUUAGCUUCUGGGAGACUUCACCCACAGCUGCAGCCCAACACACUCCUGGUGGACGCUGAGUUUUUGGAUGAAGACGUGGAACUGCUCCAAGCAAAAGGCCACAUAGUUGAAAGGAAGGACGUGCUCUCUCUCGUUGAAGGCACUCGGAGAACCAACGACCUUAUCAUCGGGGUGAAGGACCCUCGCAGUGCUGACUCCUCUGCCCUGACCAUGUCUAACUCGUCCUAGUGCCCUCACACUCCUGCACUCGCUAACGUUCAGAGGUCAACACUGGAAAAUGGCUCAUGAAGAGAGUAAAGAUGCUGCUGUUAAACUAAAGAACUCUGGUAGAGAACCUCUUGAUUUAAGAUUUCUUUUGCACAGAAUAUUACAAUGAAUCACAAUUUCAUCCUGAAGUGACAUUCAGUCCUGGUGCACAUAGUGUUGAAAAGUUUGCUCAUAGUUUAAAUGAUUUAAAGCGUUCAUGCUAUAUUCUGUUAAUCAGGGUACAUUUGUGAUUAGAAUAAUUAUUCCUACUUCCUUUCAGAAAGCAAUAAACGCAUCACAUUAGGGCAGAUUUUCAUGAGCAGACAAGAAAACAAAACAGAACAGUGUAUUGGUUCAAUAGAGAUACUUUUCUCAACCAUUAAAGUGAUACAUUUGACUUAAUUUGACACUGACAAAUAAAUCCUUUCUUUGUAAAAACGGGAGGAUUCAAAGAAAAAUAACCACACUGGAGAAGGUCACUGCUUUGUCUUGUGCUUUAACCGAAUUUCUAUAAAUCUGUUUGUCAACACACUCCAAGUACAACAAGUAAUGUAAAAAUAAUACAUACAACAGAGAUACUUGAAUGAAACAUGGUGUGAAAGAGUGGUUCCCCUGCUCUUAUGUGUGGUGGGUAGCUACGAAUAGACAUGGUCCAGGACAGCUGAUGGAGCUUUAAUUGUAGCAAACUCACUGGUUCUUUGGGGCCAAGUUAAGAUGUGACAAGACUAUGGCGUCUCAUAUUUUAUAUGUGUUAAAUAUCCCUGAUUUUAGAUGAACUGUAUUUUAUUGUCUAAUUUAAGUACAUUGAGUUGUUGCAUGGUUGUGAUCUCAUUUGAGCUUUUUGCUUUUUCAGAGUGUGGGUUACUUUUAUAAAAAGGAUUGACUGUGAUGUCCAUUUUUUUAUAUAAGAAUUUGCUCAUCUGCAUUCACUACUACAACCAUGCAUUAGACCGACUCUUUUUUAAAAAAAAAAAAAUGUUAUUGUAUGUGCCUGUAUGAUUAUGCUGAUAAAUUUUGCGUUGCUAUUUUUAAUUCAGGAAUUACAGCAUUUGUGAAGCGUUGCACUCAACACACGAAGUGUUUAUUUCUGUCCACAGUGGCCAAUGCUGAGUGAUCAAGCAGGCUGUUAACCUCCCUCUCUCUGUCGAUGGGUACAAGUGCAAUAUGACUGUUGAUGUUUAUCUCCUGUACAGUAGAUGCCGUGCCUUAAGGCACACAUUGCACAACAUACGUUUAUUUCCAUUGUGCAUUUGAAUCUCAUUGUAGAUGAAUUUAGCACUGCUGGAAUCCAAGAAAUAAAAUGUUUGCACA